AUGGAGGCCAUGGAGACGAUCCAGCCUCUCGGCUCGAACCCGCCAACCGUCGCCGACCUCAGCGCCCGCACUCCCCAGCGCGAUCCCAGCGCGAGAAACAACCAGUUACCAACUCGAGGCCCGGCACAGGACGCGAGAUUAGCGAGGGCGAUGGCUUUAGGCGUAUCUGGUGGUAGGGAAUCGGCGGCGGCCCUCCGGGCGGGGAGGUUAAUACGACAACCUUCUGGCACAUCAAGACCGCUAGUUCCCGUCACCGAGCGAAAAUCUCAGGAGGAGAAUGUGUAUACAUGGAGGAUAAGGAAGGAUCCCGAGAGCGAGAAAGUCGAUAUUGCCCCCGAUGGCAACUCUGGUGGGCGCGAGGGGAGGCAGUUUACUGUCGCGAAUGUCGGGCACAAUGGUCGCAUAUAUCUAAGGCCGACUGUCCGACCGGCGCAUCAACGGCCACCGCAGCCGCAUUUCGUCUUUCCCGUCACACCGCCUAGCACCGCUGGCUUGGAUGCGCUUGUUGCCGAGAAGAAACAGAAGGAGGAAUCGAAUGAUAAUUCGUUUAGCCAUCUAUGGGAGUCGACGCCUGCUCCUUCGCUCGACUCUGAACUAACCCCGAUGUCUGGUAUUCAACCCCAACCGAGGAGGCGGCGAGCUCUCUCCGAUUCAACUGUCCGCGAAACCAAUGUUGUAAGGGAGAUGGGUGAUGGGGCUUUCAAAGUUGUUAUCUCGAAGCCCGCGGACGAGCCGAGGCCGAGGACAAUGGAGGAUAUCGACACUGCUGGCCCGCCAAUCCUUGAUGUUGCUAUUCCUUCCUGGAGGAUAGGCUCGCCUCGGUUUUCCCUGAAGGGUACCCCUGUGAUACGGGGAUCUUCGUACGCGCCUACGGAGGAGGUUUCGUCUAGCCACCCUUCCUUCCUCAAUGCUCGACUCGGGGAACCCACCUUAACAAUACCCAGCCGCUUCUCGUCGAGACGGCCCAGCCGUCUGAAUGUAGCCAUCUCAGCAAUACCGCAGCCUCCCCCCUCCAACCCUAUCCCCCCUGUCCUGAGUCCAACUUCGCCUCAACUCCAAAUCCCGUUCCGUUCUACCUAUCUCUCUACUCACCUUGUCAUCCAACCAGCCAUGUUCGAUGCCCUAACCUUCAAGCCUGCCUGUGACGAUCGCGCGAUUGUGAGGUAUGCUUCUUCUACUGGCACCGUGACCGCCGCGACACCGCCUCGUCUUGUGGCCGAGAUCACUUCUCCGACUUUCCUCGAUUACGAACUAAUAUCCGACUUCUUCCUCACCUUCCGCGCCUUCCUGGAGCCAAUGGAUCUCAUCCGCAUGCUUUUUGCGCGGCUGAGGUGGGCCAUCGAUAGGGGCGAUGAGAUCGGAAUGGUUGUUAGGGUUCGAACCUUUGUUGCACUGCGCCAUUGGAUUCUCAACUACUUCGUCGACGACUUCGUGGUGCAGUACACGUUACGAGUGACCUUUUGCAACCUUCUGAAUGAUCUCGUGGAUGAUUUGUCCCAAGACAUCGAGAACGGCAGGGUCCAUCUCAAAAUCUUGGCCGAGUUGAAGAAGUGCUGGAGGCGAGUUUGCGCCCAGUUCUGGGAUGGCUUCGACUUUGACUCAGGGGACGCACCGAUUGCGCCUGGUGGCAUUGCCGGACAUAGGGACCCGAACCUUGACCCUAGCCAUUGGGAAUCGUCUGAUUGCGGGCCUCCCCAGUUGGAUCUCGCGAUGAUGUCGACUCCGGACUUUGAACCCUCCGAGGCUUCUACGCCGAGAGGGUUUCUUGCGAGCACACCGCAUGAUGGGUCUGUCGUGGAGCGCCCUGGAACGCCGGAAGACCAGUAUCAAAACGCGAUUGAGGAUCUAGAUAGGCGGCAAGCAGGGUCCCCUAUUAGUAUCACUAGCCUAGACAUUGUGUCUUGCUCGUUCCCCGCGAAGAACUUGAGGAAUCUCCAGUCAAGUUCCCACAUGACGCCGGCUACCCACCCCGUCCCGAUUAACCCUCUCCUCACCAGCACGGGCCUUGUCGCCGUUACACCCAAGGCGUUGGUUGGAAAGAGAAUACGCCCUGUGCAUAAGCGUAACGGAAGCAUCACGGACUCUCUACGGGAGCACAGCGUCGACAAGUCGAGCUUCAAGGAUAACACCGAGAUUGCUUUAGCAGUGCCAUAUGCUGGUAGUCUGGUGAGAGGUGACCUUCUACCGCCUGGCCACGCCUUUGUCGAUGUUGUUUCGCCGAGUUCCAUCGGUGACCCCCAACGCGAGACGACGGUUCUCCAGAUGAAUCCCAACCUUGAUCAAAAGGAAAAGUCUGGGGCGUCGGCGAUGUCCAGCCAGGGUAUGAAGAGGCUUAUUGGCAGUGUCCGCCGGGCGCUUAGCACAAGAGGUCAGGGCGAUUCGACGACCCACGGCAACUUUAUCAACAUUUCCCCCAUCGGCCCCCGCGGCGCGACGACCAACAGAUUGCCAGGAACAGCCAUCGUCCCUCAGGCACGCCCUCGCCAAAACGGCACUCGGCCUCCAGUGAGGAUAGAUUUGCUUGGCGCCGAGAUUGCGGAGGAUUUUAAAACGGCGGUCCGAGAGGAUGCGGCUGCGGAGGCCGCGGUGGAGGCGGCGCAGAGAGCGGCGUUAACGACGCCCGUGCUCAACGACACUUUACGACACGGGACGGACGAGGCGGUCGAGUACUCAUCUGCGCACCUGGAUACCUCGUUCGAUGAUUUGCCGAAGAUGUCAGGAUUCCGGCCGCAGAGCGAGAUGGCCAUCACGACAGGGAGCAAGUCGAUUGUGAUUGUCGAUGAUACGGCGUUCGACAUGCCAACGAUGCACGGCGCUCUCCCGGUCAUCAACCCUUCGCUUGAAGCUUUCGCCGACACAUUUGCGCCCAAUAAUGGAGACCCCACGCCUCCCACUACUCCUCCAGGCCGGCCGAUGGGCACUCCCAGACGUUCCUCUUUCCUCCUCAACCAGCAUCUCACACGCACUUCUUUGUCCUCCGAUCCACUUCCUCCUUUCAUUCCCGACAUGGCUACACUAGGUGGUCGCGCCUCUACCGACCACCCCUCCUAUAUUGCCUCCUAUCCCUCUAUGGAACAGUCUAUUCAAGUCGGCAUGUAUCCUUCUAGCACCUCUCGGCUCCGUUCCACGAGGUUCCAUAAUCGUCAAAGGUCAAGCAGAACGAUCCCCUCCGUCAGCUCUGUUCUUCAUCGGCGACAUAAUUCGUUCCACAGUAGCACCGCACGUCCUAUGACCAUCCGAAGUUUCGACGCAACGACUCAGUCCGAAGGUUCGAUCAUGGACAGCUCCGAAGUGAUGCCGCAACCUCUUCGUGUCCUGCGGAGGAGACCCGGUGGGAACCUUGGCGCCGUGGCUACUGUUGGAGAGCUAGCGGCUCCGUUAAGGCAUUCCCAGUCAGUUGGGUCGUUGACUGCUUACUCUGAAUCUCUCCGCAGCUCGUAUUUGCAACAGCCCGAGUCGAGCGGCUAUGUCGACGUUGUAUCGAGCGAUUUCUCCCAGGGUCAGAACGAGACAUUUUCAUUGGGUGCCCUUGCGAACCAACCCAGCAAGAGGCAACUCUCCCUGUUUAGCACGCAUUCGUCGAAACCGAUUAUGCGGCCGUCCUUCGAGGCCGAAGCUCGAAAGUUGGCCCAGAUUCCCGAUGACGUCGAUGACGAUGGUGGUGUGGAGUCUGCGUUGUUGAAGCUCGAGGGCAAGUACGAGAAGAAGCCUAGGCCGCCUGCCGAGCACCGUAUCUCGCCCCAGACUGAUCCUGAGGAUAUCGGUAAAGCCCUCGGCGACCCGGCUCAGGCGCAGGAGGAGAAGAGGGAACGCCGCCACUUGGAGAUCAUGGGUGGUGCGGACGAUGGCAUCCUAAACCAUCGACUCAGCGGCAUCCCUGAGCCGUCAUCCGAUGUUCACAACAGCUUCUUGUUGUCUCCUGAGAGGCCGGUCACGGAACUCCGAUCCUUCCUGUCCUCUGAGCCCUCGUAUUGCUCUAUCCCGUUGCUCGACCGAGGCCUUGCUGAUGAGGGCCAGACCAGGCCAUCGACCAAGGAGUGGGCGGAUAUUUCUAUUCUUCGAGGAGCCGAUGACGACUCUCCGUUUGAAAGCGAGAGGGAGGAUAACGGCGACGAGGAUGGGACCGAAAGAUCUGCUCAAGCGUCCUUUGACUUGAUUCAAGAGACUCCCUCUCUUAGGCGGAUCAAGGGGGCGGAAAUAGAGCGACCCGAAGGCCCAGUCGAAAACGACGGACAGGACGAUGAAGGAGAUACGUCGUUCCUUGAUGAUGACAGUGAUGCCGGCGGCGGCAGCGACCUUUCAUCGGAGCUGUCCGAGGCUCCGGAAAUUGAUACCUAUGCUCUAGGAUCGACUAACAACCUUCCGUCACCUCGCCAAGGCUUCAUCCUGUCCAAAGGAAUGAUGUCCCCUCCCGUCGACGACAAGUUGUCGCCGCCCAAGACGCUUGCUCAAGCGCUGCAAAUGUCUCCCGAGGCUGCCAAUGUCCCUCAGCUCCACGAGCAUCAGCUAUGGGUGCAGAAGCCGCUGCCGCCCACUCCCGACACGACGCCGACGACAACCUUCCGACCGAUGUCGCCCCGUGAUCCCACCGGCACGGCCGAGGCUCUGCGCGGAGCGCCCAAGAUUGCCGAUCCCGAUUUGAGCCACAAGUACUCAAUCCAUCUACCCUUCAUCCUCGCCUUUGACUCGGAGAUCCUCGCUCAGCAGUUCACACUGAUCGAGAAGGACGCGCUCAACGAGAUUGACUGGAAGGAGCUCAUCGACAUGGAGUGGAAGAAUGCGACCAACAACGACUCCCGCUCGUGGGUCGACUUCUUGCGGAACACAGACGCGCGCGGCGUCGAGGUCGUCAUCGCGCGCUUCAACAUCAUGGUCAAGUGGGCCGUGUCCGAGAUCGUGCUGACACAGGACAUGGAGGAGCGCGCGCGGUGCAUCAUCAAGUUCAUCCACAUCGCCACGCACAGCCGCCGGUACCGCAACUUCGCCACGAUGGCGCAGAUCGUCAUCGCACUCUCGAGCCAGGAAGUAACGCGCCUCUCGCAAACCUGGGCCCUCGUUCCCCCGCACGACGUCAAGACGUUCCGCGAUCUCGAGCAGCUCGUCUCCCCCACGCGAAACUUCCACAGCCUCCGCGCCGAGAUGGAAGGAGGCGCGAGUUCCGGGUGCAUUCCCUUCGUGGGCAUCUACACGCACGACCUCCUCUUCAACGCGCAGCGGCCUUCGGAGAUUGCGAGCUCGCCGACUACGGCGCCGCUUGUUAACUUUGAGAGAUGUCGCUGCGCGGCAUCCGUGGUGAAGUCGUUGCUGAGGCUGCUUGAGGAGAGUACGUUGUAUGAGUUUCAACCUAUUGAAGGAAUCACAGAGAGGUGUCUUUGGAUGAGCGCGUUGUCGGAUGAGGAGAUCCGGCGCCAUUCGGAGAGCCUCGAGUAG